CCGUUGUUGUAGUGUGGAAUAUUCUACUGAAAUGAUGUUGAUGUGAGUCUACAUUCAUGUUGGUGUCCAGCAGACAAUUUGAAUGACCUCUCAACAUUGUGUUCAAACUUCACCGACCUUGAUCAAUCGACCUGAGAACGACAGACUAUGAUAGAAGAGCGGGCGUAUCAUUUUUGUUCGGUAAUAUUUGAGAAAGAACAUCACAGUUUUUGAUAGGCAACGAGAGACAUCAAGAGACCAAUAUUAUGACGUUUUCUUGUGCUUUCAUCUGCCUUGUCACGACAUCUGUCUUCUCUGUUUACCGCACUAUUUGACAUUGAAUUGUCAUGAUAGUUGCGGGUCACCUGGUGACCAUCUGAGAACGAAUAUCUGAGAAGAUUAUCGUCUUCUACUGCAUCACCGAGAAACUCGUCAACAUCUGUUUUCCCAACAUUUACGGCUCUCACUUCUCCGGCUCACUCCAUACAGAGUCCGUUGUCUUCUCCCACGCAACCCUCUCCCGUAGAAGUACUGUGUAUUCGGGUUUUAACUUGUUUAUACGGAUUCUUCAGUCUAUUUGAACGUAGGUAAAAUCAGGUAAAAUCACGAGUUAGUCGUGCGGUCAAUGAAUUAUAUGAUCUACUCAAUUUAAUGAUUUCUAAUGACGAUUGUAGAAGUUGGAAGUAGUAUGAUACAUAGAGGUAUGAUAGUAGUUUGAUUUAGGAAAUAACUAUCAUUUUCCAAUACAAAGAGCUAGAAUGUCUUUUUGACUCGUCCAAAAGCUGUGAAUUCUAGAUGUAUUACCAGUCUAGGAGUGGUAGUUGUGUGGCAGUCCGAAAUUCUACGGACUCAGUCAUCUUCGGUGUUUUCUUAAGCACGUUGGGAGUGCCUUGCAGCGAUACUAUACCGUCUCACUGCACUAUGCAAACUUUUCUUUCAAUGUAAUCAAUCUACUGUACAAAGCACAUAAGUAAAGUAACCGGUUAGCUUUCCCUCCAUUCUUAGGCUUAUCCCUUCUGACUCUGACAAUCUACUAUACUUCGACAACUUAGUCCUACGAGUCCUGUUCUGAGCUUAACUACUACUGUGUAUGUAUUCGUCAUUCAAAUGAGCAUGAAUCCUUUGUACUUGAAUGUAGACGUCGUCUGAUGGUGGUCAAGGUGUUUUUCAACGACACGGUACAACCAGCAGGCGUUACGCUGAGAAAGCGAGUUUCUGAAUUUUUGGGCUCUAUUUUGGGGUAGAACUAGCGCAAAGACCCUCUAGCUUCUUGUGCAGUUUAAAAUAACCUGAUUCAUAGUAGAGUUGUGAAGAAGACAAUCCUUUUUUUUAGAAAUGACAGAUUGAUGUUACGUGGUCCAUAACAUCUUUCUGUUGACUCAGUGAGCAGUUGUUAUUGCUUUUUGAAAUAAUUUGACUUUGAACUCCUCACGAAGUUUUUCACUGUGUUUUUCUUCAAGAGCAUUAAAAUGGCGCGGAGUCUUGUGUGUUAACUUGCUGCGUACAAGAACGAACACGCAGAGUUGGCCAUCAUCUCUUUGUCGUCAAACACGAAGUAGGAAGUAGACGAAGCACGAAGACUCCUAGAGGAGGUUCUACCGCUUUGGAAUGUCCUCGCAGGCCUGCGGUUCGUCCGAAGGAGGACGCGGUCAACGUUGCGUUUCGGACCUCUUCUGUGGUGAUUUUUCCUUAUUCGGUGAUGACGGAGAUGCGGAGGAGCAGACACCUUUGAGCAUUUUCAGUUGUCCCGACGAAUUGUUCAAUGGUGUUACGGACGAAGGAUCAGUGCCAGACGCCGCAGCACUCUCCGUAGGCGUUCGCGGGGGCCGCGGUGCGCGCCGCGAGCGGCAGCGACAAGCAAAGCGAGAGUGGCGCGAAAAGAACGGCUUACCACCGUACCCGGGUGUGCACCGGGCCCGCAAAGGUAGUAACGCAGGGUCUUCGGCAGGAGUCAAUGCAGGAGUGUCUUUCGCACAAUCGUCUUCUGGGGGAGCUGAUGCAGGAGGAAAUCCGAACACCAUUACAGCUGUCAUAGGCGGUAAAGCUAGUACAACUGCAGGAGCAAACAACAUAGCUGAAAAUUCUUCUAGCACAUCAGGAGCGGGCGCCUCCUCCGUUGCCUCCUCCAGUAGUGCGGGGACAUCGCAAGUCGUGGACGCCGUCCCUGCUCCGACCACGAGUUAUCCACAACGAUUGAGUUACAAGGAGUACCGUACUCAAGAGCGAAUGCGGAUGAAGCGGGAGUACCGCGAAGCCAAGAAGCUCGGUGUGUCGCCAGCGGAUGUGCACCACAAUCGCAUGCGGCGUGACGACUUCUGCCAGCUAUUCGCUCAGCAGGUCUACGACACGAUACGAACAACAUCCUCUGGUGGUCGUGCACGACAAGAGCCGGCAGGAAGUUCUUUAGUCAUAGGAGAGGAGGAUCUCCAGGAGAACGUCAAUCAUGAAAAUCUGCUUCCAGAAGAACAAGAUGGUUGUACUAGAAGAAUAGCAGUAGAGCAGCAAGGCCAAGGGCACCACCAGCAAGGCACAACGCAAGGCACAACUGUUACGCAGAAGACGGUUUCUGGCGGGAAGCCCUUAGCCGGUAAUGCGCUAGUGCGGAGUGCGGAGAGUGCAACUUCAUUCACGACAUCCCGUAAAACACGAGCUGAGGUAGACUUUGGACCGGAGCGCGAAGACGGCAAUGUCGAGUACAAGCGGAUGCUGUGUACCUGCGCUCCCCAAAGGCUACAGCAAUUGACGACGCAGAUGCAGUAUCGUUUACGCGAAGGCGUUGGAACUUGCGUUUACCGCAUCGGCGUCGACGAUGACGGCUAUCCUCGUGGUCUCACGGAAAGGGAGUUAGAGGAAAGCUUGCGGAAUCUAUGUACUUAUACUUUUUGUUUUUUCCUAAUAAUAUGAUAAUGAUUUCCCAUUUGUGUUGUGCUUGUGGUUGUGAGGUUAGUAAAGUUUGUUGCUUUUGCAUCAGAAGUACGAAGUAGCAUUUAUCAUCCAUGACUCCCAAAUUACUAUGACGACCUAAAGAAUACCCUUUGAAAUUGAAACUCAACAGACACUUGUGCGUGCACGAUCGAUCCACACAUCGGGAUAGCGACUGAGAAGAUUCAGCUGGAGGGAUCUGCACUAGUGAUUGGGCAAGUCACGUUGCAGUUAGCGCCCAAGCUCGUCGGGACGGCAGGUGUCAAUAUGGCUAGUUAUGGCGGCGGAAGCGUAGCCGGCGUAGGCGGUGGUUUGAUGUCGGGAGGACUUUUGCAUGGUCAUCUUGAACGUAUCAAGAGCCGCGUAGUUCUCUGCGGAGCGCCGAGCGGCGGCAAGAGUAGCUUAGUCGGCUGUCUCGUGAAGAAUCUGAAGAACGACAACGGCAGUGGAUUAGCCCGAAGUCUCGUCUUGCAGUUUCCGCACGAAAUUUUGUCCGGAGGAAUCACGAGUAGCAUCACGAAGCACGUCUACCGAAGCGAUUUGGAGAUUGUUGACGUGCCUGGGGAUCCGAGGUACGUGAAAACCACCCUACGAGGCAUUCUCGGUUGCAACAACUUCACGCCCUUGUUGCUUGUGCACGACGCGCGGGAACCGCUUGGGCCAGAGUUUCGGCUUUUCGUGGACCUGGCGAAAGCAUUGAAUCGACGGCUUAUGGUCUUGCUGACAAAGUGCGACCAAUUGCAGGAACUAGAAGAUGUUGACACUGUUGAAAACGAGCAACUUGCUGCUCAUGAUUCGCCAAUCACGACAUCGAGACCGACGGAGCGGGUGGCUUCGACAUUAGGUGGCGUUGAUGCUACAUCUACUGUUCUUCCAAUAGGUAGUUCCACAACGUCCUCAUCUAGCAGAGGACCACGCUUGAAUAGUACCGGAGAAGUGGAAAAUCCGAAGGGCCACGAGAUGAAUUCCGAAGUCGAAAAUCCACAUGGGCCUGGCCUGCCCGCAAAGACCUCUUCAGUGAGUCUGACCGGUAAUGAUCCAGGUACAGCGGUUCCGCAGUAUCUCGGAUCCACGACUGCUCGGCAGUUGAAUAGGCGGCAACAUCGUCGCACGUGCAGCGCAGACACGACCACGAGCGGAGUCUCCGUAACCGACGACUUCAAAUGUGGAAGAUACCAGGACCCGCAGGUCUCGAGCCCCUCCAUUUGUGGAGCUCAACACUCAGGUCCGUUUGUCCCUACGGCACGCGGAGUCUCGAUGCCAACCCGGUUAGACGACAGCAUGUGCAGUAGUGGGAAGUGGGCGGCCGAUCAGGAUGGCGGUUUCCAGUUGACGACGCCUGACGGGUUCUUCGACGAUUGCGACUUGGGAUCACUCUUUGGGGGUCAGCACGGGGAGCAUGACGCAGUACAGCUCACUGCGGGCGAGCAGCCGUUCCACCUUGACAGCUGUGCCAAGCUAGGAAACGCGGACCCUCUGGCAGGGAUAGCGAUCGGCAACGGAACGCAAAUAAGUGCAUACCACGAUCUUUUUGGGUCAUCUUGUUCACAAGUAGGAGAAGAUCUACAUCCAGCGGGCAGCCCGGCUAACGCUGUGACGAGGUAUCCUAAUCCGACGGUGAUGACCGACGCGUCGACACUGUUAGCCACAAUGUCAGCCAGUCGUGUUCCACCUGGCAGCAGUGCGUCUCCUGACAACGUGAAAAAUGGAUUAGUACCCCAGUCAAGCGGCACGUUUCACAGCGAUCAGAACGCUCUUUUUAUCAGUACUCCUGGUCUGUACGCUGAGCCGCCAGCGGACAUGACGGUGAUCGAGCGAAAGCGGAGAAAGCGAGAGCAAAUGCGGGAUUUGCAAGUGUCGAAGGCAGAGGAAAACAGACGUUUGCUGGAGCACCUCGCAGAGACGGGAGCGGACUGCGUCGACGAGGAGACUUUCAAGUCUUUGAGCAGACGAGGGAGGAAGCGUGUGAGGAGAGAACGCUUAGAGCAAUUAGCGAAAAUGAAUGGCAAAAAAGUAGCUGAGUUCUUUUCUCCCGGAGGUGGAUCGGCGGAAAAAGAUGAUGAGGAGGACGGCGAAGCAGGAGAAUCUCCGAGGACCGCUGCAGGAAGUCCAGACUGUAAGGAUGGCGAAGCACCAGAUGAGGAGAAUCAGAGCAACAGAAAUAAUGACCAGCAGUGCUCCUCGGGAAAGGAAGAACAAGGCUCCUUGACUCUAAACCUGCACCAGAAGACUCCUGGUCCUGGCGAUGCAACAGCUGCCUGCAUGACGCCAUUCCCGAAGAACAAGGAGAAGAACAAGGAGGCCACAAACUCUGCUUGUGCAGCAGCGUCCAAAUGUCCAUCAUGGCGCUCUGCGGUCCUGCAUCGAAGCGGCAGCAAGACGGCUGGAACUUCCGCACCAGCACACUUGCAACUGGUCCCGGCAGGAGGUGAACUCCCCGAGUCGCCUAUGGUGGGGUCGAACACACCACCGCAAUGGCGUGGCGAGCCUCUGCUUCAUGAUGAGGAGGACGACGGCGAGAUGGAUGAGAGCGACUUCGAUGAAGAUCAAGACGGGGGAAUAGGUUCUUCCGGAGACCGCUCGCCAAGCGCGUCGACACAGGGAGAGCAGCAGAGAAAACGCAGAGAAGGUGAACCCACUACCUCCUCCUCUAAGAUGAAUGCUCGCCCGAGCAAGCCCAGACAACGCUCGCGCCAUGCGAAAGCCCUCACCUUUGCUAGUAGUGUGACCCCGCUUUCUUCAAGUACAACAGCAGCUCAGAACAGUCAAGAGGUUGCUCAUUUCAGCAAUGACGGUGUUGGCAGUGCACCAGCAGCGUUUCUGCACAGCACUAGUCAGGAUGCCACGUCCAAAGCCGCGGUGAAAACGCAUACUGGUCCAUGCGCACAGCCUGCGGCUGAGGACGACUUUAGAAUACGAACCAUUUCAGACUCUCUUCCACUACCACUUGUGCCUAAUACAACUGCUGCAUCAGUCAAGACCAGGACUCUAAACACAACAGAGGACCAGGAGCAGGGCUCUUCUACUCCAGCAAACACAAAAAUAGUGCUCAAUAGUACAACUGCCGCUGCAGCACCAGACUCGCCAUCUUGUCUGCUUACACCAGCUUCUAGUGAUUGCCUUGCGGCUUGCUGGGCUACUCAGUAUGGUGAUGUCGAGCUCGGAGCGCUAGUUCCGGAUAGUCGGCACUCGUGGCUUGAGAGCAAGCGUGCUCGAAGAGAGUUAUGGACACGGAAGACGUCGGGUGGAUAUGGGAAGAGUCGCGGUUCUAGUGCCGAUCUUGCGAUUGGAGAGAAACAGGAGGAAGGUACUAGUUCUACUCCUGGUGCCUCUUCCUCUGCGGCUUUUGCCCCACCUGCGCGAACGCAAACGAGUCUGGAAAUCCAAAAGAGCGCAUCAGAAGUAGUUCGAAAGGCACCUUCAGGAGUAGAACUUCUAGGCGCUGCUCAUCAGCAUCAUGUGAUGACCACUUCCUCAUCUUCCCCACCUAUGAGCCCCACCGGCGAGGGGAAUUCCAAGCGGUUGUCGUCAAUUCGCAGCAAUCGGCUUGUGGAGAAUUCACGCGUUUUUCGGCGUAAUUUUGCGGAUACUGACUACUUCAAGCAGAAUUUCUCCAUCGUGCAAAAAGAGAAAGACGUGAAUCUGUUUUUGCGAAAGAAGGAACGCAAGAUUCCAGUGCUCGCCGUCAGUUGCGUCACGCGAUACAAUUUUCCUCUAUUGGAGUACCUACUGACGCACUCGAACUUCUUUCCGAUUCAAAGCAGUUUCCUGUCCUUUCACGGUGUGCGCUUCGUCGUCGACUACGUGUGCAAGAGCGGCACCAGUCGUGGUACUACGUCUAUCAUGGCAGCACCUCCGCAACCUCCUCUGGGGUCUUCGGGAUCUGCGGCCUUAGGGGGGGUGUCAUCAACAGCCGGAGGCGCACAAGCAGCAGCUUCCUCAGCAUCACCAGCUGGAACAAGUGUUGGGCCUACUAAUUUCAGCCGUGCUGUUGACCAUAGUUCGCAGUUUUUAGUUGUUGGUGGCAACACGGUGACGACCCUACGCAUCGGCGAUGAGUUCUACUUGGGUCCGGUUGCAGGUAUAGAAGAACAGUUGCGAGUGAAAGUCUGCAGCAUCCACGUACGACGACAACCAGUUUCCGAACUGGCGGGUGGGCAGAGCUGUACGGUGCAGCUGAAACUGGUGCCUUAUCACAGCACAAUUCCAAGUAAAGAAGUCAUGAAGAUGAGCGAAGUUGUAAAAGAAAAGAGGACUAAAAGCGUCGACGAAGGAGGCGGUAAUCAAGAACAGGGCCAACUUGUUUCGUCUACUACGCUGUCGAGCAGUAUUUCGGAAUUACACGUUGCUGAGAACAACAAACAGAGCCACAGUCAACUGCCUCUAUGUCAGACAGCAGCCAAGAGCUCGCCCACUCCCUCAAGUGUAGCGAGUCGAGGUCUCGUGACACCAGCAGGGAAGCUAGGGAGAGCCGGAGGAAGCAUGUCUCAAAUGAGCACCACAGCUGGCGAGACGAGUGAUGAUACUAUUCUAGUGAAGCGGCUGCGAGCUUACGCGGGAAGUCGCUUCGCAAGCGAUUCGGACCAGCAUAACUCAGCACGGAUCUUACGCAGACAAGGCAGCAGCUUCAAGCACUAUCAGCGACAGAUCAGGUACAUUUAAAGUAUUCACGAGGAUUGAAUGUAGAUGAAUCGACUCACAUCAUCAACGAGGAUUGAAUGUAGAUGAAGGUGGUGAUAUCAUCACUUGGAUGACCUUGGCGAAUGUUGAGAACGAACAUGCGGUAAAUCUAAAUUGAUUUUUAGCAAGCACGUAGCUGCAAUUUUAUCCCGUCUAUGAAUACACCUCCCAAAAUAAGUACUUAUAUAAGUGUAAAAGAACAACAAUCAUAACCGUGAAAAUCUUCAGGUCUGGCAUGUGGCUGUACGACGUAUCAUCCUCUGUGGACACCUAUUUUCGCCGUUAUUGUCUCGUAAGACUGCGAUGCCUCACAGGAUGCUCCAGCAUUUUCAAGGACGAGCACUUACUUCUCUACCUGCACUCCAGUCGUCAAAUCGUCAGGGUCGCUUGGGCGACUCCAGUUGUCACAGCUAAUGCUGAGCACCUAGGAGAUCAGAAUACUAGCGCUGCCAAACAGAAUCAUGUUGGAGAAUAUUGCUGUGGUCUGGUACUGUUGCGAAGGAAAGACGUUUGUCUUCCCGGAUUGCAGGUCGUGGCGGUGCGAGACGGCACCAAGAUCAUUGCCGGUGGCGAAAUCAUUUCCCGUAGGACCAUGCGCAGUCUUACUAGGAAAAGUGGGGAUCAUGCCAAACGAGAGUGAGACGACUAGUAGUACACAGUGUGACGACUACAAAGUCGUGGGAGACGAUGUAAGCUGCAGAGAUAUGCAAGAAGUGAUGGAAACGCCUGUCGUCGUCGCUUAGCAGGGAGCAAUACAAAAGCAGGUCAACACGAAAGAGAAGGAGAGCACCAUUGAUUUUGACCAACAUUGAUUUGAAAUUGGGAAAAAAAUGAUUCUGAGUAGCCCUUACAGAACGACCAAUCACAGCAUGGAUACUUUUUUGGUCUAUUACCCACAUAUUCUUACAACUACAUUCAUGGUAUAAUGUUGAACUACUGUAACCCAGUUUGUUUCGUAACCUUGAGCCUAAUAUCAGUCUACCAUCAAAUUCAUAAAUAUAAGAAUAUCAAGCUCGUCAUUAUCAUCUAACCUCUAUAUCAACCUUGUAAAAAAAGAUGUACAACCUACUUCUUAGUGAAGAUUAAUAUAUCUAACCAAUUAUACCUAGCAAACCAAUUAUGCUUUUAUCUACUAACUAAACCAAUCAGCAAGAAAGCCAAACAAGCCGAUCAGAGCUGGAAAAGCAACUAAACCAAUCAAACCAACCAAAGCAAUGAAACCAACCUAUUGAGAUCGAACUCGAAUAUGUUUAUGUCGCAGUACCAAUCCUUAUCCUGAAUUAUUUAAUAUUCAACUUUGCGCGUAUUGAAUCUGAAACUAGAUGAAUCUUUGUAAUCAGCUGUAUUUUUAGAAAAAGGAUAUUGUUGAGAAGUGAGUUACUAAGUCAAUGAAGGAGUGGCGAAGGAGAAAGACGACCACAGUGUAGGUAGAGCCUUCUAGUGCGGUGCUAUGGGACGAAUGUUAGAGCCACAUGAGGAGCACCAUAUGAAGCGCCAAAUGACUCGUGCAGGGCUUAUCAACGCCGGCGAGUUUUGUCGAGGUGUCUGCGGACGCUACAAGCGAAGAACGAAGUUUCGUUCUCACAGCCGCUACUACGAAAUUCAGUCCUAGGUGGUAGUGGUCAUGGUGAUUUCGACGUACGUAAAAAGGCGAAGUAAGCUACACAAAUGUUUGACAGACUGAAGGUUCGUAUUCCAUUGGAUUUAGACAAACUAAGCUGGUAUAAUCGCAAAGCCUAAGCUAUUUUUAGAGCUAGAUUCAGGAACAGGUUCAAGAAACUUCGUUUGUUCUCAAGUGAGAACUCUGAUGUUUGCGGAAGAAGUGAGUCUGUUAACUAGCUCUCACACUAUAGCAGCUAGUUGAACUUGCUCUUGAUUUUUGAUUCUUGAGUGGUCGUCAUCCAUGUUUUUUUUGCGCAUUCAAUUCCAGGCUCUUCCAUCGUGUACGGAACAAAGACCGAACGACUCCGAUGAGAAACUGUACUGUCGUAGCACUAAUAAAAUAUGAUAUUAGCUGAAUUUGAACGGGUCAUCUGCAAUAUGAAGGCCUAUAACUUCUACUAGGAGGAGACGAAGAUAAGACGAAGACACGACCUACGCCCUGAUGAUGGGAUGGUAAUAUUUGCU